CCGUCUCCUAAUUUUAACCAGUAUGUGAUGGAGCAGGGCGCAAUGACGGACCAGCUUAGCCGGCGACAGGUCAGGGUUUAUCAACUAUACAGCCGGACCAGCGGGAAGCACGUCCAGAUACAAGGCAAGAGGGUCGCCGCUACUGCUGAGGACGGCAACAAUUACGCACGUCUCUUUGUAGAGACUGACACCUUUGGCAGUCGGGUUCGGAUCAAAGGUGCAGAGAGUGGACGCUACCUCUGUAUGAACCGGAAGGGGAAACUGGUUGGAAAGCCUGAUGGCAGAAGCAGGGAUUGUAUCUUCACAGAGAUUGUUCUGGAGAACAAUUACACUGCCUUCCAGAAUGCCAAGUAUGAGGGUUGGUAUGUGGCUUUCACCAGGAAAGGGAGGCCCAUCAAAGCCUCCAAGACGAGGGAGAACCAGAGAGAGGUCCAUUUCAUCAAGAGGCUACACAAGGGCCCACUACCUUUCCCCAACAUGGACAGAAUCAAACAAUUUGAGUUUAUCAGUUUUCCACCCACCCGUCGAGCGAAACGGAACAGGAAAUCACAGGCUGCGGCCUAGUACAGAACAAAUCGGACUAUUAUUGAGGAAAAAUUUAAAUUUUAUUUUUGUAUGUUUUUAAUAUGUGGAAAUACUUAAAAUGCGAAGUCUAAAGUAAUUUUGUUGUAAAAUGAUCCCAUGUAAAUCAUGUAAGAGAGUAAAUGAGAUAUAUGUAUAUAUUUAAUAUGACAGUGUGUAUGUAUGUGUUUUCUUUUGCUUUUUGAUUGGUCCCGUGACAGAGUGGGUAUUGGAUAGGUACAUUAAUAAACAUGUUCAGCUUGGUUAUCACAAAACUUAAGUGUGACAAAUGCAACAUUUGACCUUUAGGUCAUCUCUCUCAUUUGAUAUGACUGCUUUCUUCGUACUAGUGCUGAAAUUGAUUUCUAAGUUAAGAAAAGCUCUUCAGAAAUGUACAGGAAGUAGUAAUGUUCUUGUUUCACAGAUCAGUGUGUACAAUCAGUGCAUAAAGAAAAUGUAUCCAGUAUAAAAAUCUGUAGCCAAGUGGCAUACCAUUCUAAUGAACUGCUAUGCCAAAACAUGAUUUAUU